AUGAAGUUCGCUGCUUUCACCGCCCUCGCCGCCGUCUUCGGCUCUGCCGCUGCUGCCAACAAGGCCAAUGUCAUCAACGACUGCACCAACACCAUCUACGUCCAGUCUUUCCCCUACGGCGGCGGCGCUCCCGGCCCCUUGACCACCGUCAAGCCCGGCCAGCGAUUCUCCGAGGAUCUCCGUGCGUCUGGCUCUACCAUAAAGAUCGCCACCACCCGAACUCUCACCAAGCCGCUCUUCUUCGGCUACUCUUCCGAGUCUCAGCCCAACAACGUUUACUACGAGUUCAGCACUGAGUACGGCAACCCCUUCGCUGACAAGCACAACAUCUUGAGCCCUGGUGAGGGUUGCGAGAAGUUCGACUGCAAGGCCAACGAUGCCAAGUGCUACAGCACCCCCAGCAUGAAGAAGGUCUACGGCUGCCCCAGCCCCGUCAACCUGUACGCUAAGGUCUGCGCUAAGUAA